CUCCUUCCAUCUACAAAUAGCUAACAAUAACUUCUCUCAAUCCCACGAUAUCACCAUGAACUAUUGCUCCUUCACUCUCUUCGUAUUUGCCGCCACUAUCUUUCUCCAGUGUUUAAACCCCAGCGGAGCCGCCACAUGUCAUCCUGAUGACGAGGCGGGUCUUUUAGCUUUCAAAAAGGGUAUAACACGAGAUCCUUCUGGCAUUCUCAGCUCAUGGAAGAAAGGUACUGCUUGCUGCUCCUGGUACGGUAUCGCUUGCGUUAACGGUGACCGUGUCACCAUUCUUUCACUAGUCGGAUUUCCCAAGAAACCCGAACGCUCCCUUUCCGGCACUCUCUCGCCUUCGCUGGCUAAACUCCAGCACCUCGAAGUGAUUAGCUUAGGAGGUCAUGGGAACAUCACUGGAUCUUUUCCGCAGUUCCUUCUCCAAUUACCGAAGCUUAGAUACGUUAACAUCGAGAAUAACAGUCUCUUUGGUCCCCUUCCUACCGACAUCAGCAUGCUAAGCCAGUUGGAAGAUUUGUUUCUUCAGGGAAAUAAGUUCACCGGUCCAAUACCGAAUUCUAUAUCAAAUCUGUCUCGUUUAUCUGGUCUCUUUAUUGGCGGUAAUCUCCUAACCGGAACUAUACCCUUAGGGGUUGCUAAUCUCAAGCUAAUGCAGAAUCUGAAACUCGGCGGCAACCGCCUCUCCGGCACCAUACCAGAUAUUUUCGAAUCCAUGACGGAGCUCAAAUUUCUCGAUCUCUCCGGCAAUGGAUUCUCCGGAAAACUUCCUCGGUCUAUUGCAUCGCUCGGACCGACACUCCUGCUCCUUGACCUGAGCAAAAACAAUCUCUCUGGGACAAUUCCAGAAUAUAUAUCAAGAUUCAACAAGCUCGAAAAGUUGAAUCUCUCCAAGAACCGGUUCUCCGGAAUCGUCCCAAAUGGUUUGGUCAAUCUGACCAAUAUAAAUAAUCUUGAUCUCUCUCACAAUCUUUUAAAUGAUCCAUUUCCUUCCUUGAACGUUAACGCCAUCGAGUUUCUUGAUCUCUCGUACAACCAGUUUCACCUCAAAACGAUUCCAGAGUGGGUUACCUCAUUACCGAGCAUCUUCUUGUUGAAACUAGCAAAAUGCGGGAUCAAGAUGAGCAUAGAAAAUUGGGAGCCAGCGGCACCCUUAUACUACCAUUAUAUUGAUCUGUCGAAAAACGAGAUCUCAGGGAGUCUAGAAAGGUUCCUUAACCAGACAGAGUAUCUGCUUGAGUUUCGAGCAGCGGGAAACAAACUUAGAUUCGAUAUGGGGAGUUUGACGUUCGCAAAGACGCUGAAAACCUUGGAUCUGUCAAGGAAUUUGGUAUUCGGGAUGGUGCCAGAAACUGUGGCCAGUCUGCAGAGACUGAACUUGAGCCAAAACCAUCUUUGCGGAAAGCUUCCAACAACAAAGUUCCCGGUUAGCGCAUUCGCCGGCAACGACUGUCUCUGCGGCGCUCCACUCUCUCCUUGUUUACUUUAGAGGCAAGAAAACUAUAUAUUUGCAAUGUAUUUGCAUUCACCGUGACAUUUGAAGUUUGCUCCAAAAAUGAUUGGUAUUUGUAACAAAUAAAAUAGAAUUUUAAGUU